AUGAUUCACACAAGUGGUUAUGUGGUAGCUUUUAUGAACAGCGGUUGUAUUGUUGGCCUUGUGUUUUACUCGGUAAAUGUAAAAAAACAUGAAGCAUCAAAAGACCAUAUAAAUAACUUCAUUGGGUUGGUCCGGUUAGAAAAAAAUAAAGGAACAAUUAUUGAUGCCUUAAAUGAAGGUUCUCGUUUAAGCAAAAUAUUGUAUAACGACAAUGUUAGAAAAAACAGAUUAGUGUUGUUACAAAUAAUUGAGGUUGUAAUACUAUUAGGUAAACAAGAGUUGGCUUUUAGAGGUCACGAUGAGAGCACUUUAUCUAUUAACCAGGGAAACCAGGGAAACUUUCGUGAAAUGUUUAAUUUGCUCAUUAAACAAAAUGCUGAGUUAUUAUCUCAUUAUGAAAAAAUUAGCAAUGUUUUUACAGGCCAAUCAAAAACAAUUCAAAACGAAAUUAUACACUGUGUUUAUGAAUACAUAAUUGAUGUUAUAAAAUCUGAAAUUAAUGAUAUUCAUUUUUUUGCUGUUAUAUCAGAUGAUACAACUGAUAUUGUGGAAAAAUCUCAAUGUGCAAUUACUUUGAGAUAUGUAAAAAAAACUAGUGAGUUAAAGGAGAGUUUUUUAGGUUUCCAUGAUGUGAGUAGUAGCAAAACUUCUGAAUCUGUUUUUAAUUUAAUAACUAGUGUAUUAGAUCCAUAUAAUUUUAGAACUAAGUUGAUAGCACAGUGUUACGACGGGGUCAGUGUUAUGGCUGUUCAUGUUAGUGGUCUUCAAAAAAGAAUUAGAGAUGAAGCACCAAAUGCUCUAUUUACUCAUUGUUGUGCACAUCGGUUGAAUCUAGUUUUACAACAAGGAAGUUAUUGUGUUCCCCAAUCUCGAAUAUUUUUUGCAACCCUUUUAGGGAUAUCUGUAUUUUUUAAAAAGUCUCCAAAACGAACAUUUGUUUUAGAUACAGUUAUUGGCAAGCGUAUACCUAUAGCUAAUGAGACUCGCUGGUGCACACGAUCAAAAAUUUUAAAUUUUGUUGUUUCAAAUUUAGAUAAGCUAUUAGAAGUAAUGGAAUGUAUUAGAGAUAAACCAGAGUCAGGAAUGUAA